AUGCUCAAGCUGGCCUCCCCGCAGGGCGAGACGGAGGUCCCUUCGUCUUCAUCGGUCCAAAGCCCCUCGAACGAGGCCCCCGACAUGACCAGGAACCAGCGCCAGACCGCCAUCAAGCAGUUGGAAGCAGCGUUGGCCACCCUCCACGGCGCCGAGCAUGCGGCCCUGAGGGAUUCGAUCAACCAGGAGAUUGCCAGCCACAAGCAGGCGAUCAUCUCGGACAAGCCCCUGGGCCAGCGCAGGGACCACUGCAAGGCCGCGCUCGAGAGGGCCAAGAAGCGCCCCCAGCAAGCCCGAGAGGCCCUACGCCUCACGGAAGCCGCCGUCCAGGCCGCCGAGAAGGAGGAGCUCCGCCUGGCGCAGGAGCUCGCCGACCUCCAGCAGGCCAUCUCCGAGGCUCCCGUUCAAGAGGAGGGCCUCGCCGCACUUAAGUCGCAGUUGGAGGCGGCCUGCCAGCAGCUGUCCAAGGUCGGGGGCACGCAUCCCGACGCCAUCGCCGACGCCGAGGCCCGCAGUCGGGACCUUUUUCUGCGCUUCGAGGCUUCCCUGGCCCAGCACGCUGCCAAGGAGGCGGGCGGCAUGAACGUGCCGCGGCGCCACUCGGCGAAGAGCCCUCCAGUGCCAGGGGAGGACACGAGCGCCCCCGGGGUCCCGCUCACCCACCGCCACGUGGGCAAGCAACCCCUACAGCCGCAGGAGAAGAAGAAGAAGAAGAAGCAGCAGACCCUCACCAAUUACUUCAACCUCUCCAGCGGGAUCCCGGACCCCGCAAAGAUGGCCCCUUCCGCGCCCGCGGAGCCAGGGCCGCGAGCAGAGGUACUCGCCAUAUCCCGAAACGCCACCAUCGUCAGCAGCACGGAGAUCAGCAUCAGCCCGCCCACAGGUGUCUUUUGCCGACGUGGUCGCGAAAAGCGACGGGUGAACUUCGCCAUGGAGGCGAACCAGUACCACUACAUUCCCGACCUCGGGUUUCACCAUCAAGAUCUCCAAAUUUACAACAGUGUUCCUUCGAGGUGGAAGAGACAUUGCAAGAAGAGAGCUCGCAACGGAGCCCAGCUCAUUCUUGCCACCUUCAAUGUCCAGACACUGGAUCCGAAGGAGCGCCGGCAGCUACGCCGCAUCGGCGAGAGCGUCACCGCUCGCACGCACUACGUUGAGGACUUCUUCAACAAGCAUCACAUUCAGUUGGCAGGCGUCCAGGAGUCGCGACUUCCCGAUUCUGGUUGUCAAGAUCUGGACCAUUACUUCACCUUCUCCGCCCCCUCCACUGACGACGGGUUGGGGGGAGUGCAGAUCUGGCCUCAUAAGGACCUCAAGGUCCUGGCCAGCACGGCGGCUGCGAAUGCAGUCAGCCCCCGUCUGCUACGCACGGAGUUCUCUGCAGCAGGCCUCACGUUGACAGCCAUCUCGGCGCACGCCCCGGUGGCAUCAGCGCGCGCGGAAGAGGAGCGAGCCUUCUGGGCAUCCCUCCAGAAAGAAUUGGCCGCUGCACUGCACAAGCGCGCCCUAAUCGUCUUCAUUGAUGGCAACGAUGACGACGAGGCGGCCGGAGUCAACUCCAACUACCAGUUCGCCCUCGAGUGCCGCCUGGCGCACGACCUCCAGGAUGCCGCCGAGCUAAGCGGCACAAUUGAGCCCACCUGGUUCGGGAUCCCGGGCCACGAGAAGCGCAGCGACCAUGUCUGGCUCGGCCCCCGCUGGCACCGCAAGCUGCACGCCACGAGCGUCCUGCAGGAUUCGCUGUGCUUCUCCGAACGAGAGGACCACCGGGUAGUCAAGGCCACGGUCGCCUUGGACCAGUCGCUGGGUCCGAAGCCUGCGCCCAGCCCCAAGAUGUCAUCGGAGAAGUUGCACGACCCCAAAAUACGCCAGGCCCUCGAAACGGACAUGUUCGCCCUCGCGGACGAGCCCCAGCACAACGUCACUCAGGGCCCCGACGUCUACCACGCUCAGAUGAUCGAGCACGUCCAGGACCUCCAACGCAAGCACUUUUUCGCGCCGGCGUCACAAGUUCCCAAGAAGCCUUGGAUCUCUUCGACGAGCUGGGCUCUCAUCAAGAACACCCCGGGCAUCAGGAGGGCGACUCAGUCCUCUGCCUCCCUGUCGGCGCACCGCAAUGCCACGAGGGCGCUAACUCGGGCCGAUCGGCAGACCUGGGCAGAGGGCCUGGCAAGGCAGGCGGACGUCGCAGACCGAGAUGGCAACACCAAGGCUCUGUUCGGCAGCGCCCGUCAGAUUCGGACGCCCCGGGGUUUCCAGAAGCACGCGAAGGUCAACGACGAGCAGGGCCGCUCGCUGUGCGAUCCUGGUCAGAUCUCCUCAAGGUGGAAGCGCCACUGGGUGUCCUUGUUCGCCGGCCAGAUUCUCCCGAUGAGCGAGGUCGCUGCCCACGUGCAGCAAUUCAUGCCCCUGUUCAACUUGGCCACCUCGGCGGCGACGGCUCCGGCGGCCAUGAAGGGCGGCAAGCUGUUCGACAUCUGGAAGCAGAAAGGCGACCCCGCGAACUGCGACUCCAGCCGCGGGUUGGGCGCCCUAUGCUUCAACCUCGGCUACGGGCUGGGCCUCGGGCGCGCGAGACGCCGUUUCACCGAAGAGGGCGUCGUCCUGCAGCUGCUCGCGCCGGCCGUGCUCGCUGCACCUUGGGGUACAAUCCUCGAUGAUAAACCCAACCUGCACGAGACUACCAACACGCCGAAUGACGCCGAGUACGUGGACGGCGCGGUCUUCAUGUUCCAGCAGCAGCAAGAGGGUCGCACCGAGCAGGCCACCAAGGCCCAGCAGUCCUUCGCGCCGCUGGCGGUGCCGAUCUUCGGCUCCUCGCACAUCCAGCUACGCACGAAGCUCAUGCUCGCGCAGUCCUUGAUCCUCUCGCGCGCCCUCUACGCUGUUGCUGCCUGGAGGGGGCAGCUGGACAAAGGCUGGCAGCCGCUCGAGGCCCAGUACCACCGCGUCCUGCGCAGGAUCAACGGCACCAUGAGGUACGGCGCCCCCGACACCAUCACCGACGCUGCUGUCCGCGAGGCAAGCAGGCGGCAGAUGCCAGCCGCUUUAACGUAG